AUGAAUAGUUAUUAAUAUGACAAUGCUCUCUUUACGGUUUAAGUCGCAAGGAAGCAUUUCUUCUCAGAUAAGAUUUACUAACUUUACUUAUUUCAGGAUGAAAUCGUAAUGACUGAUAACACUUUACGCUAACCCAAAUACACCAUAAAAUUAAAUUUGACUACGACAAUCAAUUGGAUUGUGUAGGACAACAAAAUACUAGCAUUCUCAUUUACAUAUAAAAAUACUAUCAAACCUUUUUAUGCUCCAAAGUUACAACUUUUGAAAGAAAUGAUUGCUGGCAGAGUAUUUUAUACUUCGAUCAAUGAGUUUUAUCAAAUCUAAAUGGUUGUAGGUAAUGGAAUGUCAGGCGAAGUUUACAGAUGUGUCUCUAACACUGGGGAAUAUUUUGCAGUUAAAAAAUGUGAAAAGAUGAAAUUAGCAUCUCAUGAAGGGGGAAUUCCUCAAUUAAUACACGAACUCUCGCUUCUGCAAUCUCUCCAACAUCCCAACAUCCUGAAAUUGAAGGAAGUCUAUACUGACGAAUCAUAUUAUUACAUUGUGACUGAAUUUAUCGAAGGCAGAGCUUUAAGCACUGAGUUGCAAUCUCGACCCUAUGGAUUGAGUGUGGCUGAAACCAUCAAGAUUAUGCUCUAAAUUCUCGAUGCCCUUAUCUAUAUUUCAGAGCGAGGGAUUAUGCACAGAGACAUCAAUCCCCACAAUAUUAUGAAGUCAGAGCCCAUCAAAUUGAUCGAUUUCGGAUUAGCUAGAAAAAUCAAGAACCAGUUGAUAUUUCCAACUUCAGGCACUCCUGGUUACAUUGCACCUGAAAUCAUUAACUUUAACAAGGACAAACUCUACGAUGACAGAGCAGAUGUCUACAGUUUGGGAUGUGUGCUUUACAAAUUGCUAACUGGGGAGAAUCUCUUUCAUAAACAAAAAAACAUCUUCUAAGAAAAUAAAGAGGGCAUCUAUGAAUUAAGAAAGAAUUAUCAGCAUCCUGAAGUUAACUCUAUCAAAAUGGAUUCAUUAUUUAUUUUAUUACCUUAUAUGUUAGAAAAUGAUCCUAAUAACAGAAUGACAGCCAAAGUAUGUAAAAUUGUUAUUUAAGAAAUUGAUAAUAACAAUCAAUAAAUUGAAAAAUUAAUCAAGAAACUUGUCAUUUUUAAAUUUUUUUUACUUAGUACUGAAGAAACACAUAAUGAAAAUAAAACUCCACAUAGCAUGUCCUCUCAUAGUCAUAAGAAUAAAAAGUAAUCAAUAGACAUGCUCAAAAGAUCAGAUGACACUUCUUAAAAAGGACAUAAAAAAUAAUAACAAACUAUGGGUAAUCUAAAUUUAAGCUUUGCUACUAAAAAAUGA